GACUUAGAGAAAAAUUUUCUCGCGAAAAGAAAAGAAGAGAACUAGAAACCCGAAGUGGCAGUGGAGCAUUUACAAGACCUACGUUCUUAUUAUAUAACAACAUGAAAUUUUUGGAUACUUUUGUUAAAAGCAGGAAUAAUUUUUAGAACUUAUACAAACAUAACACCACAAGGAGCACAUUUUAUUUCUAAUAUAUCCAAAACCAAAUGUAUUUUACAAAAGAGUAAGCCAGUUGAAACUAUUAAUAGCAACACUUUUUUCUUGAUGAGUUCCUGAACGCGCACCUUUAACGAGAGAUGAGAACGACUGCAUCCGUCGAGUUUUGCGCGCAACGUCAAACCAUGUCAAACGUUCGUAUCCAAGGUGUACGACAUAAGAUUCGAUCGGCUUUGGUCUAAUUAAUAAUUUAAGCUUAAUUAGACCAAAUAAUAAAGUCAUAUAAUAAACUCCGUACAAAUCUCAAGGCAAUUUAUGAAUGCAGCGAAAAAUUUGGAUUUGCAUAAGCUUGUUACAGAAGAGACCAAACUUGAAUAUAUUAGGCUCGUGUGUCAAAUGAAAAUGACUGAAACAAUUCGUAAGCAGUUAAAUGUAUUCUUGGAAGGCUUUUAUGAUAUUAUACCUAAACGACUGAUUUCCAUAUUUAAUGAACAAGAAUUUGACUUAUUGGUCAUCGUGCCUUAUGUAGAUAUCGAGAAUCUUGUAGCAAAUACUGAACAUCAUAAAUACACUGCUAUGUCUUUACAGAUUCAAUGGUUCUAGUGUAUUACAUAGUUUUGAUCAAGCGGAUCGUGCGAAGUUCUUACAAUUCGUUACGUCCAAAGUGUCGUUACAAGAUUUUGCUGUGUUAGAAGGCAUGAAUUGCAUAUAAAAGUUCCAAAUUCACAGAAAAAUAGGUCAACAGACAAACUUCCAUCUGCACAUACUCGAUAAGUAUCUGAAGAAAGAAAUUUUUGUAAUACUUUCUCAUAUGCGUGUAUAAGCUGAAAUUAAAUCGAUAUAAAAGUGGGCUAAAACUGUAUUCUCUAAUUGCAGUUUCAAUCAAUUGGAUCUGCCAGUGUACGAGACGUAUGAUAAACUUUAUACAAAUCUAUUUAUGAAUGCAGCGAAAGAUUUGGAUUUGCAUAAGCUUGUUGGAACGCUAUUGUCAUAUAAUAUGUAGCAUUAAUAAUAAGUAUGAGUAUAAUAAUAACUUAUUCCACAAAUAACUUUAUUAUUAAAUAAUAUGAUAUUGACAAUAGAAAUACAAACUAAUACUAAAAUUUUUUUCAAAUUAUAAAAAAAAUCAUUUAACACUUAAAAAAAUAAUCUAAAAAUAUAAAUAUUGUAGGAUGUUAAAAUGUUAGCUAAGGAAAAAGAAUGAGAAUGAGAGUAUGAGAGAGAGAGAGAGAGAGAGAGAGAGAGAGAGAGAGAGAGCGAAAGAACAUGUGUCGUAGAAGAAAAGCGUCGUUUGACGAAAAGGAUUGCCAUUGUCCGAAACAUGUAUUGUUUUAUGGUAGCUUCAUAAAACACACAAUCAAUUGUAUUCAAAGCGCGUAAAUGUAACAUCUGCGAAUGGACGCACGUAUGUAUCAGGCAAAAGGGGUAAAGGCGAGUAGGCAGAACAAGCCAGAGGCAGAAGAUUUCGAGCGAUCAGAGAGAAACGAUCCUACGAGUCGAGAGAGCGUUCUGUAGACACUCAACGAAAUAUACAUAUUAUACUUAUUAUCUAAAAGUCCUUAAUUGAUCCCACAUACACUUUGGGGGCUCGUCCGGGAUCGGGCUAGUUAGAUCCGUAGUAUAACGAGUUCCGCGAGUGUCGAGUGUCGAGUUUUGAGUUUAUUGUGAACCUGAAGAGACGAGCAAUGAGUACCAGAUACGCGAACGAUCUGACGGUGGCAGAGCUGAAAGAGAGACUGAGAGAGUUGGGACUAUCCAGUUCCGGUACUAAGAGCGAGUUAAUAAAGCGUUUAGACGAAUCACUUCCUUCCGGCGUUUGGACCGAGGAACAACCAGAGGAUCAGGCGACGGGGAACCUGGAAGAAGCCGGUAAUACAGGAGAGAAUGAGAGAGGUACCGGAAACGAGACAUCUUCAGGGCAUCACCCUAGAGACCCGCGCGUAAUCGAGAUGGAGCUGGAGAUCUUGAAACGCGAAAUCGAGAUGCUGAAGACUCAAUCGCGGGCAUCCGCUCGUGUAUCAGAUGCGCAUUACGCAUCGAAUACGGAGAUCAGGUCGACGCAACCUAGAGCAAACAUGAGUGCCAUAGCCGAGCUUCGUUCGACGGUACGACGGGCAAUUUUGACAUCUGGGAGAGUCAACUGAGAAUGUUGAGACGGACCUACCGAUUGGACGACGAACACACGAGGAUACUGAUCGGGAUGCGGCUGAAAGGGAAGGCGCUAGAGUGGCUGCAUUCCAAGGCCGAAUACAUGGAGAUAUCCUUAGAGGCAUUGCUACACGAGCUCAGAACCAUGUUCGAUCAUCGACCGAGCAGAGUGGCACUACGUAAAAAGUUCGAGGAGCGUGUGUGGAGGAAAGGCGAGACCUUCGCCGAUUACAUGCACCAGAAGGUCAUCUUGGGGAAUCGCCUGCCGUUUGACGAAGAGGAACUCGUCGAAUAUAUCAUUGACGGCAUCCCUGACCGCGGGCUGAGGAAUCAGGCGCGAAUCGGCGGCCUCGACUCGAGAGCCGCACUGAUGGAGAGAUUUGAGCGGAUAACGCUCUGGGACAAAAGGCAUCCGGGGCACGGCGAGGAGAAGUCACAGUUUCGAGCGAAGGCGGAGAAGAGUGGCGAGAGCGGAAAGAGCGAGCAGAAGAAGACGACGCCAAGUGUGAAGAGGAAUUGUUUUAACUGCGGCCUGCCCGAUCACUUUGGUAAAGACUGCCCGACGAAGGAGAACGGACCGAAGUGCUUCAAAUGCGGUGAGCGUGGGCACAUUGCGGCGAAAUGUUCCGAGAAGCGAGCAGAGGUAAAAGAUAGUUACGUCGCAACGCAGGUAACGCAAACGAAAUGUAAAAAGGAGGUUACGGUAAACGGUUGUAACAUUGUCGCGCUAAUUGAUACUGGGAGCGAUCUAUGUUUAAUGCGUGCGAAUCAACAUUCCGACAUAGGAUCUCCGUCGUUAGAGUACCGAGAAACGCGAUUUCGCGGCGUAGGGUUAAAGGAAAACGUAGCUUUAGGAGAAUUCCGUGCGGAAUUAGCUGUCGACGGGCAUUCUUAUCCUAUUUUAAUUCGAGUCGUUGCAAAUGAUAUGAUUAGUCAUAAAUUAUUAAUCGGUGCAGAUUUUUUGAAUACAGUCGACUUACACAUAAAAAACGGUAAUGUGUCGAUUAAUCCCGUGGAAAAUACGAUAGCGAAAGAUCAAACGCUUUCCGAGAUCUUUCAAAUAGAUCUCGAGCGCAAAGAGACCGACAAAGCAGAUCUGUCACAUAUUUCGAGUAACGAGCGUCGAACGGUUAUUGAGAAUAUUAUAAACAAUUACAAACCAAAUAAGGCUAAAGAGACUAGUGUUAAAAUGUCAAUUAUUUUAAAAGAUGAAGAGCCGGAAUAUCAGAGAGCCCGUCGAUUGCCCGCAGUGGAAAAAGAAAAAGUGAACGGCAUUAUUUCCGAGUGGAUUCGAGAUGGCAUUGCGCAACCAUCACUGUCCGACUACGCGAGUCCGAUAGUUUUAGUGGAAAAGAAAGACGGGAGCGCCCGAUUGUGCGUGGACUAUCGCCAGCUUAAUAAAAAAAUUGUACGCGAUAGAUAUCCGCUUCCGCUAAUAGAAGACCAGGUAGAUUUCUUGCAAGGCAUGAUAUAUUUCAGUACGUUGGAUCUGGAGAACGGUUUUUUUCACGUCCCGAUAGAAAAGGACAGUCAAAAGUAUACGGCUUUUAUAGUGCCAGACGGGCACUAUGAAUUUUUGAAAGUCCCGUUCGGACUUUGCAAUUCGCCGUCGGUUUUUCAGCGAUUCAUUAACACCGUUUUUAAAGACGCGAUACGCGACCGGCUAGUGUUAACUUACCUCGAUGAUCUCAUAAUUCCGUCUGUCGAUGAAAAUACAGGAAUUAAAAAUUUUGAGAUUUUGUUGAAAAUCGCGAGCGAGGCAGGACUCAAGAUUAAUUGGCGCAAGUGUCGUUUUUUACAGACUAAGAUAGAGUUUCUUGGCCACGUAAUAGAGAACGGUCGAGUAUACCCGUCGGUGCGUAAAAUUGACGCGGUGCGUAAAUUUCCAGAGCCAAGCAACGUGAAGCAAAUUCAGAGUUUUCUCGGGCUGAGCGGCUACUUUAGAAAAUUCGUGCAAAAAUAUUCAAUUAUUGCGCGCCCUUUAACUAAUUUAUUGAAGGCAAACGCGAAGUUCCGUUUCGAGGAAGAAGAGAAAGGGGCAUUUCUUAAUCUAAAAAAUAUCUUAUGUGACAAGCCCGUAUUACGAAUAUAUAAAGCGAACGCGGAGACUGAACUGCAUACGGAUGCGUCAAUCGACGGAUACGGCGCGAUCCUAUUACAAAAAAGCGACGAAGAUGGUGCGUUCCAUCCAGUCUACUAUUCGAGUAGCAAAACUUCGCCCGCCGAGCGGCGUUACACGAGCUACGAGUUGGAGGUGCUCUCCAUUGUUCGAGCCCUAACGAAAUUCCGCGUAUAUUUGUUGGGCAUCCAUUUUAAAAUAGUGACCGACUGCCGAGCGUUCGCGCUUACUAUGAACAAGAAAGACUUGUGCGUACGUGUGGCCCGCUGGGCACUGCUUUUAGAAGAAUUUGACUAUGUUAUUGAGCACAGACCCGGUAAGAGCAUGGUCCACGUGGACGCGCUAAGUCGUAAUCCGAUUCCGAGUUGCAUGACUAUAGAUAUACGAGGUGUGUUCAAAAAGUAUCGCGAAUUUUGAAUUUUCGUGGGUUACGUAUAUUCGAAUUUCGAUCUUUUUGUGGCGUUAUGUUGGUACUCAUGUCUCUCACUUAUGCCGACAAGCUCGGCCAUU